AUGAUUGUCUUGUGCUGGUUCCUACAUCACAAUGAAUACAAUGGCAUGCGCAUUGAGGAACUGGAGGCGCUCGCGCUUAUGGAAGGAGUCGAGCAAAACUCGCUGUGGCAGGGCUGCAAACGCCCAGAUUCAGCAGCCGAAGAGCAGUUUGCGUUCGUCUGUGUUCCCUCAGUAGCCUUCUGUGAGGCUAUCAUGAAACGCUCUCUGUUGAUUAAAGCCUUCGUUGAGGUAUGGGCCAGCGGCGCGACGUACGAAGCUAUUCUAAAGGAGAUUAAGGAAAAUAAGAUGGACACGUUUCGGAAGUGGAUUUGCAAGGACCGGACUUGGGCUUUUCGUGUAGAUGCCUUCGGUAAAUGCCUCAGCAGCGAUGAGCAGCGCCAAAGAAUGAAUUUUUUCGCUUCUCUUUUCGAAGGCAAUGAGAAGGUCAACCUUUCCGAUCCCGACACGACCCUCGUCGUGGCGGAGGGCCACGUCUCUGCCGACUGCGUCGUUUUAGACCCAUUUGUGGGCACUGGAGGUCUCCUAAUAGCUGCUUCUCACUACGGAGCUUUUUGCAUAGGCUCAGAUAUCGAUAUACGAGUGCUAAAGGGCUAUGGCGUCUCCUACCUAAACCCCCACUUGGACUUUAAAGAAAAGCGGACGGAUGUGUUUCGCAACUUCGACGAAUAUGGGCUGAAGCGACCAGAGAUCAUCCGCUGCGACAACGCCGCGUGGGUUUGGCGGCUUCCUUAUGAAGAAAGAGCUGACGAAACAGCUCAGAGUUCACUAGGGAGCUCUGGCGAAAAAACAGUUGUGCACGGCGUACAAGCUGCCUACUUGUCAAGGAACGUAGAAGGAGGAAAGCCCUGGGUUGAUUGCAUCAUGACAGACCCGCCCCGACUAACUUACAUUCCGCCUACUGUAACAUACAACUCGCGGGCCGUCGUCAGCGACCUUUUAAGCCUUUCUUCCCGUUUGCUGGUCGACGGUGGCCGGCUAGUCUUCCUAAUGCCAGUUGAGCUCUCCAGCGCGAGAGAUGAUAUUGGCUGUCUUCACCACAGCGACUUGGAUUUAAUAGCAACGAGUUUUCAGGCUUUGUCAGGAGGCAUGGGGAGAGUUCUAGUUACAAUGCAGCGGAGGCCGCGGAAGUCGGCGGGAGGCUUGUAA